AUGUGGAUUGGCCUCGCGCUUUUUGGUGUCUUUUUCUGCCUGGCCCAUGGCAUAGACCCGGGCAAGGAUUACUACUGGCGACGCUGUCUCAGACGGCAAUUGCAAGUCGGUGACGUCUUCACGGCAAAGGGCAAAAUACAGAAUGGCAUGCAGAGAUGGACAUGUGGACUCGAGGCAAGAUACGCCAUUGAUGUAUUUGGCCACUUUGACCACCGUAACUUCCGGAAUUCGUCACAUCCGCUGGUGACAUAUUCGCAUCGCCUUGGAACGGAGAAGCCCUGGCAGCCCGGCUAUCAAUACCGUCAACUGCCGUUCGCCGCCGGAGCGGACUUUGAGAUCACGAUUCGAGUGAUCACCGCGACCCGGUGCUGCGGUGAUAUCCAGAAUGUGACACUCACUGGGACGCCAUUGGGCAAAAAUGUGAUCCGUCAAUGGGACGCACCAUGUCCAUCGUUUGAUUCCACCGACAAGGCCGCCGACGAAGGUGCCGACGAAGCGACCACA